GCCCAAGCUGCCCAGCGACCGAAUCAGGGGGAGCGACCGGCCCGGACCGCCACCUUCCCUUCCGCCUCCUCUCCUCUCCUCUCCGCAGCCGGGCGCCGGCGACCUCCACCCACCGCGCCAUGGCGGCGGCCAAGCUGCUUUACAUUGUGGUGGUGGACGACAACGCCUCCUCCUUCCGCUACACGCGCUCCCUCCUCCACAGCACCCUCCAGCUCAUGGGAUGCAAGCCACGCCACGCGUUUGAGAUCAGCCGCAGGGUGUUCGAUGUCAUCCGGGGUGACCACCACGGCGACAUGGGCGCCGCCGCCGGCGGGGUGCAGAGGUACGAGCUCGCCGAGGCCACCCCCACCACCAGCCCCCGCCAGUUCCAGUUCGAGCUCUACAAGCGCCGCACCACCGUGCUCCUCCCCAGAAACCUCUUCCUCGACCUCGUCUGCGACGCCCUCGCCCUCUACAAGUACGUCGCCCCCAACCAGCGCGCCGAUCUCAUGCUCGCUUGCAGGAUUCGAGAACGGAAGGAAUCUGUCACAAUUCUUCUUUGUGGAACUAGUGGUUGCGGCAAGUCUACUCUUUCUACUUUGCUGGGAAGCAGGUUAGGAAUCACGACUGUAGUUUCCACAGAUUCCAUACGUCAUAUGAUGCGGAGCUUUGUCGAAGAGAAAGAAAACCCUCUUCUCUGGGCAUCAACUUAUCAAGCAGGUGAAUGUCUUGAUCCAGUAGCAGUUGCUGAAGCAAAAACUAGGAGGAAAGCAAAAAAACGCUCAGGCAUGUCAAGCAGCUCUAGUAUUGAGUAUGAGAAAAGUGGGGCCCCUACAGAAAAAGUUGAUGGAAAGACGAUUGGGAAGAAGCAAAUGGCCAUAGAAGGUUAUAAAGCACAAAGUGAAAUGGUGAUUGAUAGUUUGGAUCGGUUAAUUACCGCGUGGGAAGAUAGGAAAGAAUCAGUUGUUGUUGAGGGUGUUCACUUAAGCCUUAAUUUUGUGAUGGGGCUAAUGAGGAAGCAUCCUUCAAUAAUACCUUUUAUGAUCUAUAUAUCGAAUGAGGGUAAGCACACGGAGAGGUUUGCUGUACGUGCAAAGUACAUGACACUUGACCCAACAAAAAAUAAGUAUGUUAAAUACAUCAGCAACAUAAGAACUAUCCAGGAGUACCUCUGCAGCCGGGCUGAUAAAUACCUAGUCCCCAAGGUAAACAACACUAAUGUUGAUCGAAGUGUGGCUUCUAUCCAUGCCACUGUAUUUAGCUGCCUCCGGAGGCGAGCUACUGGAGAUCAGUUGUAUGACGCUGACACAAAUACUGUGGCUGCGGUAAAUGAAGAGUACAAAAACCAAUGUGUGGCUAAUUCCAUGAGUUCGAAGGGGAUGUUUAAAUUGAUUCAACGGCUUGGAUCCUCAAGAAAGCUCAUGGCCAUCAUUAAUGUUGAUGGAUCUGUUUCAAAGGCUUGGCCGGUUGAGUCCAGUGGUGGAGAUGGAAAAUGCAGUUCUGACAAUAGUUUUCAGAAAUCCGUAGGAAAUCCAAUUUACGGACCUUUAAACAUUGGAAGGGCAGAGUCAGUCAACCUACAGUUUGGUACCUUUGGGAUAAGUGCCUGGCCCACUGAUACAGGCUGUACAAGUCAAGCUGGAAGUGUUGAUGAAUCAUGGGCCACAGCUACUGAAGGCAGUAGCAGACAUGAUCCAUCUUCAUCUGGUUCUCCUAAGAAGUCGGACGGACACUGUAAAGAGAUCAAAGAGUCAUCAGCAGUAUCUGGCAGCGAUGAAGAAGAGGAAGAAGAAGCUGAUGUUCGGCCUAAUUCAGGGAGUGAUGAGGACCUAAGCGAAGAAGACAACACGGAGAUCCAUGAGGAGUUGGAAGGGUCUGUCGAUGAGGAUUGCAACAGGUCCGACGAGGAAUAUGAUGACCUGGCCAUGCGGGACAGUAUGGAGAAUGGCUAUUUAACUGAUGAUGGUGUGUUUUACACUGGCUUACGCAAAUCAUCGAGCAACAAGUUUUUGGAUGGCGAUCACCGUAGUCAAAGCACUCCAAGGAAACACCAAGAGAAUCUGCGUACCUUAUCAUUGAAGCUCGAUACAGGUGUUCCUGAGACUGCACGCUCUUCUUCCGCUGUCCCUGCCGGCACAAGCAGCAAGCGGCAUGCUGCUAGGAAGUGGAAGCGCUCCUUGAGUGACUCGUUCCAUUCACGACCACGGAGUGCUCCGGAAUCGGUAUCGACGCACAAGGGUUCACCUGUGCCUACGGCUCCUGAGAGGUAGUUGAUUUAAUUAACCUGGUGAGACAACGCCUACUGGUUGUCUGGCAGGCUGCAAAGGCUGGAGCUGACAGGUGAAUAACUGAAAUUUUUGGUUCAUCUACUCUUUAACCCUCUAAUCUUUUUCCCCCCUCUCUAGACCUGGGGAGAGAGCGCAGAAACCCUUCCUCUUUGUAUUUUGUCCUUUUCAAAUUACAUGUGGAGAACACAGCUUGCGACAUAAUUUUGUAUUUUGUCUUGUUUCAUGUUUUCGUAUAAGUUGUAAAGGAGAAGACGAGAUGAAGGAUAUGCUCGACCGGUAUGUGCUCUUUUAGUCUGGAGAGAUUGUAAAAUGAGAAUACUAUUAGUAUUGUCUCUGUUGUGCAUAUAUAUGUGCAUCUUGCUGUUUUGUCC